GAAAGCUUAAGAGAGAGAAAGUCGAGCUCGAAGAAGAACAAGAACAAACAUAAAGACACAACAUUUGUAUACACAAAUCUACAUACCAAAGAAACGCAUGAAUAUUAGGGCAAAAUUCGUUUGAAUAUUUGAAAAUUGGUGCAACUUACAUCGAAGGAAAGCCCUAGGAGGAGGGGGGAAAGGUUUGUAAGCUUGAAAGUGGUGCAGAGCCCUUCGGAAUUCAGGGUCAAACUAUAGUUUGAAAGAGGAGUUUGCGUACUACAACGAUUAAGAGGUUUUCAUUAUAUAGUUCUUGAGUCAAUGGGAGAAAUACGUUUGUAGGUUAUUAUAGUGGGAAUGCAUGGAUGUACUUCAGGAUCUUUGCUUUUAGUUGAUGCUGGGGUUGAUUCCAUGGGAGGAGUUAUUGAUGGUGGAGUUGAAAUUUCUUCUGCACCAUCUCCGCAGCAAUCAUCAGAUCUUGAGAAAACUCAGGCAGAGCUUAGGGAGACGUUUACGGCUGCUGAGAAAUUUAGAAGAGAAUUAGAAUUUCUACAGAAAGGUGGUGAUCCAUUAGACUUAAAAAUUGGGACUGCAACAACUGUUAGCCUGCAGUCGACCUCACUGACAGAUCAACAUCCUGAGCAUUUUGUGACAAGUGAUGUGAAAGGCAGUUUUGCAAUAACCGCUUCUCCUCAUGGAGAUUCUGUUGAAAGUAGCGGCAGACUAGGGGCUCCUUCAGCUGGGGAACCCAAUAGUGCUGAUAAUCUUAUGCUAUUUGAUGGUGAUAACAAGUUUCGUGAAGUUGAAAGAAGAUCUCUGCAUCCUCGUACGAAUAAUACCCCGUCUGAGCAUUACUCCCAGUUGGAUGUUGGUCGUAAUGGCAAGGAAUCUGGCGAGUCUGUUGCUCUAGAACUACCCAAAAAAUCAUAUAAGCGUAGGAUUAGGUCUCGGCCAAAUCGUGAUGGUGCUCGAUCAAGUUCUACUGAUGCAGGUCCUCGCAGUGGUCAAUCCUUUUUUCCUUCUCGCCAUGCUGCCAGGGAUGCCAAGGGAUUGGUACAUGAUGCAGACAAUCAGGAGCAGAAGUAUUUGUCAAAUUCUAAUUCCAAGACUAAAAGUCCUAAUGUUAGUUUGUCCCCCAAGAAUUUAUCUUCUAACAGUCGUGUAGACGUAAAAUCAUAUGGUAUGCAGACCCAAAAAUCAACCCUUGGCCCAACAAAUGGUCCGCUUUCUGCUGUCUCGGAUGCCAGUGCUUCACAACAUCCUCAAGAGGAUCUUUUUGAUCAACCUUUAACAUCUGAUACUCGAGAAACCCCACUUUCUAUGUCUUCUGUAGAACCUGGAUCUGUUGGACGUGUAGAGCUGGAAAAUUUGUCAGGUUCUGAGCAUCUGCCUGGUGUGGAUAAACAAACAGUUGGUAACCUGGCUUUAUUGGGUCAGACAAAUGUUUUUGGCAACACAGGAGAGAAAGAAAUCAUACCGAAUGAUUGCAAUGGAGGAGCACCAUCACUUGCUAAUGGUUUCAACUUUAAAUCAUCAUGCAGCCAAACCGAUCAAAGUUUAGAUGGCAAUAAUAAGAAUGAAUCACUGACCAGUAUAAGAAAUUUUAAUGCUAAUGGGAUUAUGGAACUUAAUUUAUCAUCAAAGGAGGUGCUGGGUGUGGAGAGCAAUGAUUUAAAUACAGUAAAGGAUGAUAAGAUAUUGAACAUCGGCAAUGAUAAUUCUAAUCCACACCCUCCAAGCCGCAAUGAGAAUGGUUCUACACUUAAGGAAGAAGAAGGUUUGAAAGGAAGUGAUAAUGCCUUGCAACAUGAGUUGAAGGAGCCUGUCUCUUCAACAGGUUGCACCUCAUUUCAAGAGUCUACCCUGUCGCAUAAGUGUUCAACUGAUGGUGCACAGCAAAACACAUUCUCUAAGAACUCUCUGAAACUGGCAACCAAGGAACACGAGGACUCGAUAUUAGAAGAAGCUCGGAUUAUAGAGGAAAAAAGGAAGAGGAUAGCUGGUAUGUCUGUUGGAAUCUUCUCAUCCGAGGGUCGUCAUAGAUCACAUUGGCAUUUUGUUCUGGAAGAAAUGUCAUGGCUGGCUAAUGAUUUUGCGCAGGAGCGCCUUUGGAAGGUAACUGCAGCUGCUCAAAUUUCUCGGAACGCUGCUUAUACUUCACGGGUCCGGUUUCAACAACAGAAUUCACUGUGGAAGCAAAAAGAAGUUGCUCAUACCUUGGCAGAAGCUGUCAUGGAGUUCUGGCACACAGUGCAGGUGAAAUGCCAAGGAUCGGAGUUAGAGGGUCUUAAAAAAGAUUCUAUGCUUGGACUUCGUCAAUAUGGGAUGAGAUUCUUGGAGUAUAAUACCUCUCAUGCUCAGUAUAGCUCAGCUCAAGCACCUGUGACUCCUGAUAGGAUAUCUGAUCUCGGCAGCAUAGACAUUUCAUGGGAGGAUAAUCUGACAGAAGAGGACUUGUUUUAUACUGUACCACCUGGUGCAAUUGAGGCCUAUAGAAAAUCUAUUCAAUCUCAUUUGCUACAAUGUGAGAGAACUGGCAGUAGCAUGCAAGAGGAAGUGGAUGCCUCUGGGUAUGAUGCUGUUGCAGCCUUUGGAUCUCAAGAUAAUACACUUGAAGAGGAGGAGGGAGAAACAAGCACAUAUUAUUUGCCAGGAGCAUUUGAAGGUAGCAGGUCGUCAAAAACUGCUCAGAAGAAAAGGAAACAGUUCAGGUCAUAUGGUGCAAGAUCAUAUGAGAUGGGAGUUGAUUUGUCUUUCAUGCAACCCCUUGAAAGAAAUAUUGGGAUUCAACCUUCUGUGUUAAGUGGGAAACGACCUGCCAGCAGUAUAAAUGUUUCAAUUCCCACAAAACGUGUGCGAACUGCUUCCAGGCAGAGGUUUUCUGGAACUUCUGGUUAUAUUCAGGCAUCAACUAGAGCAGAUGCUUCAAGUGGUGAUACCAAUUCCUUUCAGGAUGAGCAAAGUUCUCUACAUGGUGGGCCACAGAUACCAAGCAAUAUGGAAGCGGAAUCAGUGGGGGACUAUGAAAAGCAGUGGCAGUUUGACAUGACAGAAGUAUCAAAUCAACCUAAAAAGAAAAAGAAGGCAAAACAUCCUGGAUCCACGUAUGAGCACCGAUGGCCGCUUGACUCUAAUAUUCAAAAUGACCAGAAGGAUCAUUCAAAGAGGAGGCUGGAUACUCGUCAAUUUGAUUCCAAUGGGAACAGCGGUGCUUCGCAGAUGAAUAAUAUGUCCAACCCAAAUAAGUUCAUGAAAUUACUUGUGCGUGACCGUGGUAGGAAAGCGAAAUCACUUAAGUCCCUGCAGACCCCUGCUGGGCAGCAAGGUUCAGGAAGUCCAUGGUCGUUAUUUGAAGAUCAGGCUCUUGUUGUGCUAGUUCACGACAUGGGUGCCAACUGGGAACUCAUAAGUGAUGCUAUCAACAGCACUUUGCAAUUUAAGUGCAUCUCUCGCAAUUCCAAGGAAUGCAAAGAGCGCCACAAAAUAUUAAUGGAUAGGAACACCGGUGAUGGUGCUGAUAGUGCUGAGGAUUCUGGGUCGUCACAACCUUAUCCGUCAACGUUGCCUGGCAUUCCAGAGGGAAGUGCGAGACAAUUGUUUCAACGGCUGCAGGGACCAAUGGAAGAGGAUACACUCAAAUAUCAUUUUGAGAAGAUGAUUAUGAUUUGGCAAAAGCAUCAUUAUAGGAAGGCACAGAACGAUAAUCAGGAUCCAAAGCAACUCCAGCAGCCUCAUGGUUCUCAUGCACUCGCGCUUUCUCAAGUCUGCCCAAAUAACCUCAAUGGUGGACCUGUUCUCACGCCUCUUGAUCUGUGCGAUGCAAUUUCAUCGAGUCCAGAUUUUCUUCCGAUUGGUUAUCAAGGUCCUCAUACUGGUGGGUUACCAGUUCCGAAUCAUGGCAAUGCAGCACCAAUGGUUCCUGGCUCUAGUUCGGCUUCCUCACUACCGGGUUCUUCUAAUAUGGUUCAUGGCAGUCACUUGGUCUCUGCAUCUGCUCCACUUAGUCCCUCUGUCAGGGAAGGAAGAUACGGGAUUCCUAGAACAGGUUCCUUAUCGAUAGACGACCAGCAUAGAAUGCAACAGUACAAUCAAAUGUUGUCUGCAAGGAACAUACAACAGUCAAGUUUGCCUUCUGGGACCCAUUCAGGAACUGAUCGAGGCGUUCGUAUGUUACCUGGUGGGAAUGGUACCGGUGUCAUGAAUAGAAACAUGACAAUGACGAGACCAGGGUUUCAAGGGAUUGCUUCUCCAUCUAUGUUGAGUUCUGGUGUGGGGAUGCCAACCGCUGCCAAUAUCCAGGCUGGGGCUGGACCUAGCCAAGGGAACUCGGUGAGACCUCGUGAGGCUUUGCAUAUGACGAGGCCGAACCAGAAUACCGACCAUCAAAGGCAAAUUAUGGCACCGGAUCUUCAGAUGCAGCAGGUACCGCCAGGUGGAAUGGGUUCUUUUCCGAAUCAGAAUUCCCAACCGCCCGUUCUGUCAUACCCGCUCCAUCAGCAGCAGCAAGCACAUCCAAUGUCCCCCCAACAAUCUCCCCGCAUGCCAAAUAGUAAUUCUCAUCCACAUCAUGCAACCAAUGCUCAACAUCCGUCCUAUGGAAUGCGUUUCAUCAAAGAAAGACAACUACAACAACACCGUUUGCUACAACAACAAUUUGGCACGUCCAAUCCCAUGAUGCCACAUGGACAACCACAACAAUCUCAACUUCCAGUUUCAUCUCCUCAAAGUAGUACGCAAAUACAAACACAAUCUUCUCCACCAGUGUCGGUUUCACCUAUUGGGACACCCUCCUUGAAUCCAAUGCCUCAACAUCCACAGAAACAUCCAGCACCACCACUUUUGCGUAACCCUCAAACGGGCGGGAAUCAGGCGGUGAAGCUUCAGCGACACCGCCAGCCACCACAGUUUCAACAACCCGGCAGGCAACACCCUCAAGUUUCACAAUCUCAGCAGCAGGCGAAAGUUAUGAAAGGAGGUUCCUCUCUUCUGAAUGGCGUAUCCGGAGGUCAAUCGGUUGCAGAGAAAGGCGAACCGCGGGUUAUGCAUCAUUUGCUGCAAAGUGGUCAGGGAAACGUAUAUUCUGGACCAUCUGCGAAGCAGAUGCCUCAUUCGUCUUUAAAUCAAUCACAACAGCAGAAGAGAUAUCCAAGUCAACCACAAAAGCCUUCUCUUUCAUCUGAUACCAGCAACAUUCAUGCACCACCAUCCGUCAUGACUUCUACCAAUCACCGCCAGCCGCAGCCACCCCAAAAGUUGGUGGGUCAAACUCAAGCAACACCUGCUCAAAGAAUGGUACAGAAUCGAAAAGCAAAUUCUUCCGACCUGCCUACAAGCAAGGUGCAAGCUACAAAUACGACUGUUUCACUUCCUCAGGUGCCUUCUAAUGAUGCAACGAGUAGUGAAUCACCUGUGGCAGGAGCCGGAGCUGGAGCUCCAAAUUGGAAGACAUCUGAGCCAUUUUAUGAUUCGGGUGUAGUCUCGGAUAAUGCAACACAAUUUGGUAAGGGUCGAACGGGAUUGUCUCCGCCUCAAUCAAGCAGUGCUGGGACUGGGAGUGAACAUUCGGGACCAACGGUUAACCAUGGUGGUGGUGUUCAUAAGCAGUCUUCAUCGGACAGCUUGCCUAAUUCCAUUGGACGUGAUACUGGUGUACAGUGGCAACAGCAGCCGUCUUCAUAGCUGACGAUUCCCAUCUGGGCCCACUGAUUUUGGGCAGGAAUGGAGCAAAUCUAUUUCGGGUUUUUUGGGUGACUGGUGCUGGGCCAUUCAGGUUGGGCUGUCGUUCACAUGUAAUAGCAAUGUACAGAUUAUGUUCAUAGUUUCCCAUCAGGCAGUUAGUAGAAGGAUGAAAACAGGCAGCAAUAGGGGGUUAACUGAAGUAAUGUUGGUAGGCUCAAAUUUGUGGGUAUUUUGUAUAUAUAACCAUCAUCAUCAUCAGCAGUAGCAGCAGCAGCAGCAGAGGUAUGUGUACAUAGUUCCCAUCACUCCUUUGUUGAAAAAUAUUUUUUUUUGUUUUAUUUUUUAUAUUAUAUUUUUGGAACCCAUUGGUUAGUGCUUUCUGUAUCAUUGGCCCUUGGUAGUAGGGGUAUAGUUGUCAUUGUUAAUUGGCCAAAUGCCUUGGGGAAUUUUGUAAAUACUAGUGUACAUGUAGAUCAAUGUUAGUUCCUGUAACUUUUCUGUCCUUUA